UGGAGGCAGGUGACCACAAUGCGGCGCUGGCCCCGAGUCCCGGGAGGCGCGCCAGCUGGGCAGGGAAACUACAACUCCCGGCGCUCACGGCCACCUCCGCCGGACGCUCGGCCUCAAGGCAGAUCAGCCCGCCCAGCCGGCAGCGCGGUCCCCGGCCCUCAGCGCAGGGACGCGGAACGGGGGCGCGUGGCAGCAAGCAGCAUGGAGUCCCGGACCCCGGACGGCUGCUUCCUGGGUGACGUCGGUUUCUGGGUUGAACGCACCCCCGUGCAUGAGGCUGCCCAGCGCGGUGAGGCCCUGCAGCUGCAGCAGUUGAUCGAGAAUGGCGCCUGUGUCAACCAGGUCAUGGUGGACUCCAUCACGCCCCUGCACGCGGCCAGUCUGCAAGGCCAGGCACAGUGCGUGCAGCUACUCCUUGCUGCCGGGGCCCAGGUGGAUGCCCGGAACAUCGAUGGCAGCACCCCGCUCUGCGAUGCCUGUGCCUCGGGCAGCAUCGAGUGUGUGAAGCUCUUGCUCUCCUAUGGGGCCAAGGUCAACCCACCCCUGUAUACGGCCUCCCCACUGCACGAAGCCUGCAUGAGUGGAAGUUCUGAAUGUGUGAGGCUUCUUAUUGAUGUUGGGGCCAAUCUGGAAGCACAUGAUUGCCAUUUUGGGACCCCUCUGCACGUUGCCUGCGCCCGGGAGCAUCUGGACUGUGUCAAAGUGCUGCUCAAUGCAGGGGCCAAUGUGAAUGCAGCAAAGCUUCAUGAGACAGCCCUUCAUCACGCGGCCAAGGUGAAGAACGUGGACCUCAUCGAGAUGCUCAUUGAGUUUGGAGGCAACAUCUACGCGCGGGACAAUCGGGGCAAGAAGCCGUCUGACUACACGUGGAGUAGCAGCGCCCCUGCCAAGUGCUUUGAGCACUACGAAAAGACACCUCUGACCCUGUCACAGCUCUGCAGGGUGAGCUUGAGGAGGGCCACCGGCGUCAGAGGGCUGGAGAAGAUUGCCAAGUUGAACAUCCCUUCUCGGCUCAUCAAUUACCUUUCCUACAACUGAGUGGCAGGCAUAGGAGGUGGGGGCAGACUGGUGGCACCCGAGCUGCUGGCCUUGCUGAGCCCAGUGUCGUUUGUCUGAAGCCCUUGAUUGCUAAGAUAGAACAGUGUUCCCUGAGUCCCUGUCGGCCGUCCUGUUUCGUCUUCUCUGCAGGCUCCUGGAGAAUGUUUCCAAGGCAUUGGGAGCGCCCUGCCUUGGCUUCUGCUGGGGACGUGGCCCUGUGCUGACUCUCCUAGGACUGUGCUCUCACUCUGGCAUCCCCAGACGUCCAUCUGUCCUCUUUUUAUGGACCUUCAUCAGAGGGACUCUCAGGAAAGACUCUUCUGGGAACACGGGGGAAGGCCAGGCAGGGCUGGAGGUCCAGGGCACUGUGGUUGAUUUCCACAGGCCUGGGAGACUCAGGAGCUCGGCACCGUCUCAGCUCAGCACCAGGGUGGCCCUGGGGGUUCAGAGGGUGGAGCCAGUGCUGCGGGAGCGGAGGUCCUGACCACGUGGCCCAGGAUGGCUGCAUUGGGGAUAUCAUCCUGCCACUUGGAUGCUUUUUUCUCAGAGUCACAGUGGGCACCUCCCAAGGCCCACCUGUGCCCAGGUGUACCCAUCACUCAGGGGCUUUGUAUGGUUCUUGCGAGGGAAGGCUCAAGCUCUUCAUUUCCCCCGCAACCAGCAUAGUGUUUCAUAGGAAGUUUUUCUUCAGUUUUAGGUCUCAACUCUCAAAAAAGUUCAUGUCAGGGAUAAGAAACUUUAAGAAGAUAGAUAGGCUAUAUAACAUAUGUUUUGUUGAUGAGUUUAAAACGAAAGGUAAUGUGAAGGCAUGUUAGCACAUGUGCCCAUGAGCCGUCAUUUCCAAUGUGAACGACUGUUAGGAAACACUUUAGAGAUUAUUUUUCAUGUUUCUCUGGUUUUGCCAAAUGAAUUCUUUCCCAUCCUAAAGUUUGCCAGCUCCUUGAAGCUCUGAAAUUGGUAGAAGAGGUUACCAGCAGCCAGUGGAUGCUAUCAACCACUGAUUUAUGCAUUUUGCAGGUACUUGUAGAACACCUGUCACGUUUAAGGCUCUGUCUCUGUGCUUUGAACUAGAUAGAAAUCAGACUCAUUACCCAAGGCAGGGAAACAAAGUGUUUUGCAAUCUGUUCCUGUAGUAACAGAAACAAGUAGUUCUAUAUUAUAAGCCAUGAGAUAAACUGUUAAGUAUAUUCUGACUGCAUUUGUCUGCCUAAGAUUCUGUUUUGUAAUUAAACAAACAAACCCAAAACCAGUGAGUUAAACUGGGGACUUUGCAUAAUUAGCUCAGGUAUAUUUGGUUUCUCAAAAAUGGAGAAGGCACCACUUGUGAAUACUGUUGUGGGUCAUGCCCAAAGCCAGUGUCCCCAGAAAUGUGGACAUCGCUACAUUCUUCCAGGUCUGCCUCAGCCACCUUCUCCCAGAGUGGAAUAGAAUGAGCCCAGAUUCUCCAAGGUAAUGCCAAAUGUACUACAUGACCAGAGGCAUCUGCACAGAGCUACUUGGGUGUAGCCUCAGACCCAAUGGAAAGUUUCAUGCUGGCUGCACAGGUAUUUUCCGUCUCACUGUUGCAGCCAUUGUUAUGUCAUGGAAUGCUGAGAAUAAGAACCACUCCCAUUUGGUUACAGUCUUAGGUACAAGUUCUGGGUAAAUCAGUGUUUCUGUAUGUACUAAUAAACGGAGGGGGUGGAAAAAAAAGCUUUGCUUUUCUGCCCUUUCAACUUUGUAACAGAAACUUGCCUCUAGCAAUGAGUUGGUAACAUUUCCAGAAAUGGAUGUGCUGUGAAGAAUCUGGCCCCAUCCUGGCAACUCAGUAAAAGGUGUUGACUAGAGUGCAUCCUUGUGUUCUUGUUGGGAGCAGGAACACUGGAUGGGCUUCAUCUUGUGUGAGUUCAGAGGGGCUGCUGUCAUCUUCCCUGUAUUUUGGAAAGUCAAGUGAGGGCACCGUGCCUGUCUCACACUCCCAUCUUCCUGCGUCUCUCUUUGUCCCCUGAUGCUGAUCUCAGUGCCACCUCAUGUGGAGAGAGACCCCCCAAGGGAUCAGAUACCUGAGAUUUUAGGGCCUCCUGUACCUUUCUUCCCCAGCUUUAUGGAGCUGUAAUCAACAAAUAACCCACCUGUACCCUUAAGGAAGAGUAUGACUAUGGACAAAUUUUUCCACUCCUCUGUGCCUGGGUCUCCCAAGUUGCAGAAGAGGGAUGAAAGGUCAGACUUAUCUCAUUAAAAAGACGCUGAUGAUCAACUGCUCAAUCUUACAGAUGAGAAAUGAGGCCCUGUUAGCCUCAGACGUUCUUUGAGGCAGAAAUCAUGUGAUUAAAAGAUGCCUUGUAAAGUAUAAAGUGCUCCCCAAAUGUAAAAGUUACAUAGUGAUGACGACUAUGGCCGUGUUGGUGUUUGUAGAUCUUAUAGCUGUGUGAUGACUCUCUUCUGACUUUGGGGGAGUACCACCUAUUUCAGGAGGAAUAUUUUCAAAAGACCCCUUUGUUUACAUUUUAAAACUCAACAUGCAGCCAACAGAUUUAGAGAAGACAUUUGCAACAUACUGGGUUGUCGGAAAAGUCAUAACGUAUUUUUUCUGUUUUUUGUUGCAAAAAUGCAUCAUAACUUUUCCGACAACCCAAUAGAUAACAAAUGAUUGGUAAUCGAACUAUAUAAAGACUUUCUAUAAAUCAUUACGAAAAAGGUGAAGAACCCAACAGAAAAAAACAAAAACAGGCAGAGACUAUGAAGAAGAAAUGUACAAAAGAGGGAACUUCAAAUGUCCCCUGACAGGAAACCAUGGUCAGUCAUGAUUAGGGAAAUGCAAAUAAGUGAAUAUUUAAUUCAACAAAAGUAUACCAUCACAUACCAUCAGCUUGACGAACAUUAAAAGGUCUGACAGUUCCUUAAUGGUGAUGGACCAUGCGGGCAAAUGGGAACUCACAGACUGCUAAUGGGGUAUAAAUUGAUGUGUGUAUUUUGGAGAGCUAUUAGAUGAUAUCUAGUACCAUUAAAAGUGUAUUGCACAUGUGCCCAGUAUGUCUGUUUUUACAAACAUAGGUUAAAGAAACCCUCAGACAUCAUAAGGAGAAUGUGAGGCUGUUUGGUACAGCAAUUUCAUAAUAGUAAAAGACCCCAUUAGUAGGGGAGAAGUUAUAGAAUAUAUUUCUACAAUGCCUACAUUCUACAAAAGUUAAGAUGAAUUAGAGUGAUAUAUUUUAACACGAAAUAGAUCUAAAAAGUGUAACCGCAGGAAAAAAGUCGCCAACCUAUUUUAUGUACAGUAUGAAUCUAUUUGUAUAAAUUGAAAUAAAAAAGCAGUUUAAGUAAGUAUCUGGGGAUAACAAAGGAGGGUAGCAAAUGCAUAAAAUCACGGAACACACACCAAUGUCACACUAUGCUUACCUCUGGGUGAGAAAGGGAUGUGUGACUCGGGAACAGGAACAAAGGGAACUUUAACUCUCUGAUAUUCCAUUUCUUAGAAAAAGAUAUGAAGCAAAUACAAAGAAUGCUGCUAUUUGUUCAUGAUGGGUAGUGAAUGGGUGUCGUUCUCUAUGAGUUUCGGUUUGUUUGUUUUUUUAUAAUAAAAAUGCCAUGCACAGUAGAGAGACAAAGGGCAGAAAUGUCUUUAAGGAAGGAAGAAGAGAUCUGUAUGAUAAUUAUACACUGGAUUCUGUUGAAGAAUACCUUUCAGCUUCCUCCUGGCCACAAAUUUGUAUUUUGGCAUACGAGUAUAAGAUGUUAUAUUCCAUAACAGGUGCUGAUGCUGUUUUUUGACCAGCCUCAUUUUUAGGUAAGGAAACAGGUUGCAGCUACUUUCUUAGAUAAAACUAAAUUUUAAAAGCCUUGAGUGUGCUGUGUGGCUCAUGGGGCCUGCCUGCAUCUCAUCCAAAAAGAAGUGUCAGGUAAGGUCCCUUUUCCCACUCUCUGAUUCGCCUGUCCUGCUUUGGCAUGGUUCACUCCCUAGAUGACUGUGAACCUUGGAGAUGUGGCUCUGGGCCAAGUCCUCAGCUUCAAACCCUACCCUUUGGAGACAUCGGAACUGGUUCCUCUAAAUUGAGCAACCACCUCACAGCAGAAAAACCCAGACUCGUGCCUGGGCACUCCCUGCUCUCUGCAAGUUGGGGAGAGAGGUGUAGGGAAGAAGUAGGUGGUCUAGCAGUGUCUACUGUCACUUCUGGGUCCCCUCUCGUCUCCUCCCUGCUCCUUCCCUCGCCGACACUUGCACAGAAAUGCCAUACACAUGUGAUAACCGACCCAUACUUCUAGAUGAGUCUGCACAAAGCUUUGGAGUUGUUUGGGACAAAAAGAAUGCUUUGCAUGCCCAUUUCCUCCCCUGGCCUGCUUUGUUGGAACUACUGUUGAUGUUUUCUUGCCAGGGGGCAAACCUCUUUACUUGUAAACAGUUGAGUUCCUUUAUUCAUGAAAAUAACUCUACAACUGGCUCUAAGUACAAAGCCUAUGAGCUCCCUCAUGUUGUGAGCAGCUGUGUUGUCUUACAGACUAGGGUGGGAUGGGAUCGCCAGGGUGGAGCGGGCUCCAUUCAGCCCUCCCACCAUCUGGGCAGCGCUGGGCAUUUACUGUUCUCCCUGUAAUGGCUUAGAAAGUACUUCCAGACCUUGGAGUCUUUUCUCGGUGUUGAUACCACAUGGCCUUGACAGCUAGGCCCCAAUUACGUUGGCGUUAAAGUCUUGUGAUCUUUGGCAAUUUGAGUGAAAAUAUGUCUUAAGUUGGUCCAACCAAAACAGGGUGCCUCCUAAAAGAUGAAUGUCUUAAGAUCAUAAAGAUUCAUGAACUGGUCUCUCUCUUAAUUUCUCUCUCUCUCUCUCUCUCUCUCUCACACACACACACACACACACACACACACUUAUUUAUAUAAAAUUUUACUUUCCAGCAGCUGGUCUCCAGGUGUGCGGUUCUUGUGAACCACAGAAUUCAGAACUGUAAGAGAAUUUGCAACUGAACUUUGCGCCAGGAUGUACAAUUCGUUUAGUUCUCUGCUUUGUGUGUGAUCAGAAAGAAACUCCCAUUGUUUCUUGGUGUUAAUCUGAAUCCUGAGGCUCAUUCUGCUGUGUUAGAGACAGAGGUUUAGAUCAGGCAAGAAGCAAGAACGUUCACUCAUUCCUUGGUCUACUCCAUCCAUCCAUCCAUCCUGUUUUUCUUUCUUUCUUCCUUUCUAAAGCAGUUGUUCUAUUUCAAGUUCUCUGCUGGGCACGAAGGAUACAAAAAAUCCAUAAACACAAAUUUUGGCCCUAAUGGAUCUCACUGUUUUCCAGGGAGCAGACACAGGAACAAAUGCUGCAUCUAGAAAUGGAGCAACAAACAGGAAGGAAGGGCUACCUCCGCUCUUGGGAGAGAAGACCCUGUUUCUCAAAUCUCGGGUUUCAUAAAUGCAACUGCGUAAAUAAAAACCUGUUUAUAUUCACA